UGUGGGGAUCCUGACCGUGGACUCAGAGACAGGGCUGGCCCCAACGUGUGAACAUUGACUGGCGCUGGAAGCCAAGGACUUUAUGUGUCGUGGAAUAAUUCGACCAUUUUAUACCAUCUAAAAACAUUUAUGUUAUUUAUUAUAAACCGUCAACAUGAGGAUUUUAAUACUAAUUACAGCAGUGCUGUGUGUUCAAUAUGUGAGUUCCCAGGCAUCAACAGGAACAAAUAAAUCGAAAGUAGAAUGGUCAGCUAGUCUCCAAAGCGUCGGAACAGGUGUUCCUAUUCAGCACUGGGGUAGAUCAGGUUCGUCACGUGGAAAUCAAUCACAAGCGGCAUCGACGGACGGAAAAAACCCUCCAGUUAUUGUUCCAGUCUCAGAUUUAGCAGGGAGUAAACUCGCUGAUACCACGAGAGCGUCAGUUACAACUAUAUCACCUUUGCAAAAGGCUAUCUACCAGCUACUUAAGUUAGCGAAAAAGGAUACCAGUAUAUUGGAUAAUAAAAGUCAGACAUCGAAUACCCAGAAGGACACAUCGUCUACUGGAAAUGACAUCAAGGUUCAGGCGUCAGAAUCGACUUCUGGAAUCAACUUACCAGGUAUGUUUAUACCCAAACCUCCACAACAAAGGAAAGAUCAAUUCGAAAAUCUCCUCGGAUCCAGACGUCGAACGAUUUCUGCUAAAGAAGCAAGUAUGUUCCGCAAUAACAGAAAGCGAACCGUACUCCCAACACGGCGUACCACCAAAGCUACGCCCCCCUCCACUCCCCGUUUUCUCACCUCCUCUCGUACCCUCCCCCCUCCCCCUCCAUUCAUGGUAACUCAUCGGCAAACAUCAGAGUUUGCCAGAGCGAGAGCUUCUGUUUCUCAGAAAAAUAUGCCAACAGCAAAACCUCGUCCUGCAGCUCAAGUAGUCACUACAACCACCACAACAACCACUACCACCCCGAGACCAACCACCACAACGACAACACGAGCUACGACAACAACAACUACCCCCACCACAACUACUACUACGACUACGACGACGCCAGAUUCGAAAUCGAGCUCCACAUCAGCCAACGAUGCUCAGAAUGACAACGCUCUGGCUCUGGCAGCAAAUGAUGUUUCGGCACGUAAGACAACCAACGUUAUGACAAGUCAAACGCCCACCCUGUCCCCUCAGUGGCCGCCCUCGACCCUGAGUAGCGCAUGGCCGACCCUUGCUCCAGUUCUUGAUCACCCAGAGGGUACCCCAAUUAAUCUAGGGGCUGCCCAAAACGACUGGCUGAACAUCUUCCAGUCCCGGCAAACAUCAACGAUAGGAUCACCACCAACAAGAGAGACACCAUUCGGUUCACUCUUUGAUCCUAGUGGAACUAUGCCACCCAUAGCAGAUAAUUCAAAUUUGUUUUCUUCUAUAUUAAACAGACCUACUGCUAGUUUCUUCGAUCAUCUCAUUGCCAACCCGACCGCAUACCCAAUAGGUAAUGCCUUUACUCAAACAUUUGAUCCAACAAGUCAGCCCGCUGCGGUGACGGUUGACCCUACCCGAUCUACUACAACAAGAAGCGUUGUCAAUUCUACACAGCCUUCACCAACCAAAGCCUCUCCUCCCACACUUGGAGAGAAGCAUAUGACUACACAACAUAAAGCCAGUUCUUUCGAUGUGACAAAAAUGCCAGUAGUUACAAAGAGUAUGCAAGGGAUCCCUGUCACUUUAACGUCAAACAUUUCGGGAUCGACGAUGAAAAGAGUUACAGUAAGUCCUCGGGUGAACACACUGUUUCAAGCUGCAACAAGUCCCGAACCUCGUGUUCCUGCUAGUGCGUCAACGAAGCUUACUACUACCAGAAGAUCCGAAAUCAGUACGAUUAUUACCACCGUCGCCUCACCGACGUCUUCUGUCAUUCCUGAGAGCUGGUAUGUACCCGCUAAUAAUACUGGCUCUGCAGGUGGUGUAAGUAACGCUCCUUCUUUCUCCACAACAAUAGACCAAAUACGACUACAAGAGCAGAGAAAUGCGAUGGAUGAGCUACAGAAAAGACAAACUAUGGCAGCCAAUAAUCUCAAAGUUCAACAAGAAAUGCUACGCCAGAUAAAGGAUAUGCUUACUGCGCUUACAACGUUUUUUGAACGAGGAAUCAUGAACAAAAUCAUGACAGUAGCCAGGACUACGUCUAUUGCACCGAAUUCUUCCGCGUCGACAAGGAUCGAACCUCAGCGACCCACGUCUUCAUCACAUGUAUUUCAGUCAAGUAAAGUGACGCUUCAGUCUAAACAGCGACCAGCGGUUACAAACCCUGUAGAUAUUACUGUUACGGCAAAGCCUUUUAUAGUUACAACAAAACGACCGACCACUACAACCGAAGCACCGACCACUACAACCGAAGCCCCGACCACUAUCUCCGAAGCACCGACCACUACCAACGAAACACCAACCACAACUACAACGACAACCCAGGCCCCAACUACAACGACAACCCAGGCCCCAACUACAACGACAACCCAGGCCCCAACUUCAACGACAACCCAGGCCCCAACUACAACGACAACAUUUCCAACAACAACAAUAACAACAACAACAACAACUACUACAACCACUCCAAUCACUAAACCCACAGUGACGUCAGCUCCGCCAUUGGACUUUGCAAUGGAUGCAAUCAUGCAAGGUUCUGGAAGUCUCUUCCAGCAGUUACAAGGCAUGGCAAAUAAUCAAAAAAUGCCAUCCUCUAUCUUCGCUGAACCGACGCAAAUGCCGAGUUAUAACGCUCCAACCCUUGCUGAGCUUUCACUGGGAGCAACAGUUAGAAGGACCAAUGCGAAAGUCCCGGCGUUUAGCGCCGCUGGGAGAUCUGGUGUAAACACCAUUUUAAACUCUGAGAAGACCCAGGCUAAACCCCCACAAAGCCUGCCGUUCACACCUCUGUCUCAACUUCAACGUAAUGUAGCUGCACCACAACAACCAAACCAAGAUCAAGUUGUACAGAUACAGGAUCGAAGCACUGAUACGAGUGUAAUGGAAAAACUGAAGACACUUAUAAAUAAGUUUCCUCUAGCUGGAUCACUUUCGUCUUUUGGUAACAACGCUCAAAUGUCCGCGCAGCCGCCAACAAGUCCACCGAUCACACCCCCACAACAGUCUGGAGGCGGAUUCCAGGCGUUCCUACGCGGCCUCAGUCCACAGCAGCGGCAACAACUCAGCGGAAUGUUAAAUGGAGGACAGCAGCCUGCGCCCACCACUACCACGACGGCAGCUCCUCUCACACAGCAGGAACAGUUCAACCAGAUGAUGACCAAGCUGAUGGCUAAUAAUGGCCAAGGAGGCGGUGGAAAUGAUAUGCAGUCGAUGAUUGAUUCCAUAAUGGGCGGUGGAGGCGGUGGAGUUGGCGGCGGUAUGGGCGGUGGUAUGGGCGGCGGUAUGGGAGGUAGACAAAGAGGAAAAGGACAAAUGCGCCGCGGGAUGAGACGUGGUGGCCCAAUGAGAAAUGGCGGAGGUCAAAAUGGAGGACGCAGAAGAGGAGGUCCGGGACCCAAUGGUGGCCAAGGUGGACGUGGAGGCAGAAGGGGACCUCAAGGGCAAAACAGACAGGGCAGGAGGCCAGGCCGAAGGGGAGGUCCAUUGAACCGUAGAAGAGGUAGACCCAUAAACCUUCUCCAAAUGAGGCGAAACAUGAUGAUGCAGAGACAGAUGAGAGACCGUAUGCUGAGAGCCCGUGGUAUAGAGGUACCGGAACCAGGCGAGAGGCCAGGAUUGGGAGAAGGAGGACUUGGAUCUAUGAUGAUGAUGAGUCUACUAUCAGGGAUGGGACAGUCCGAGGGUACCGGUAGCUUGAUGGGAGGAGCUGGUGGAGCCGGAGGUGGGAUGGGCGAUAUGGCCAGUAUGAUGAGCGCACUAGGAGGAGGAGGAAUGGGUGGAAUGGGUGGUAUGGGAGGUAUGGGAGGUAUGGGAGGCUUAGCAGCACUUAUGGGCGGAGGAGAAGGAGGAGCUGGUGGAGGACCCGGCGGUAUGAAUAUGGCAAACAUGCUUUCUCAAAUGAUGGGCGGGGCUGGAGGUGGUUCGAGAAGUAGUGGAGGUAGCCAAUCUCCAGUUGGUUCUACAUCAUCACCGGCCGAAGGAAAUCCUGCCGAAGGUUCUGGCUCAGGAAGUCAAGGAGGCGGAGGAGGAGGAGGAGGAGGAGGAGGAGGAGGAGGAGGAGGAGGAGCAGAUAUGAUGUCUGCCCUGAUGGCUGGUAUGGGAGGAGCAGGUGCAGGAGGAGCAGGAAUGGGAGGUCUUUUCGGAUCCUUAUUCGGAGGAGGUGGUGGCGGAGGAGGUACGGCAGAGGCAGGAGAGUCUCCGAUGGGAGGAUUGGGUGGAAUGGGCGGCGGUUUGGGAGGGUUCGGAGGCGGCGGCGGCGGAAAUCCGUUUGGGAUGUUAGGACUGGGACUUCGCAAGAAGAGAUCCACAGAAACAGCAAAUUCACAUAGCAGACAGAAACGUGCUGCCCCCGCAACAGGAGCAGCAAGCGCAACAAGCCCUAACAUGAUGACUAUGUUAGUCACUUUUAUGGCACAACACAACAUCUCAGCUGAAGCAAUGCUCCAGAUGCUACUUCAAGAAUCCCAAAAAGCGACACCCACGCCGCCUGCACUUCCAGUUCCAGUCUCAAGUCAUCAGGUUUGGCCCGCUGUGACACCAGACGCACAACCUGCUCCUACACCUAGUAUUGCACCAGCACCUGUGCCUACUGUCUUCCCAACUCAGCCACCGCCUUCCCCUUAUCUACCACAGCCUGCACCUACAGCGUACAGUCCUCCCCAUCUACCACAACCGACCCAAUUUACUAGCAAUUUUAAUCCAACACAAGGGACACCUCUUAGUGGUAUGGAAGCACUACUUGGAUUCGGUGGCGUACAAACAGCGGGAAAUAGUGGCAUAGACAGUGGUAUGGGUGCGAUGGGUACGAUGGGUGCGAUGGGUGCUGGCCUAGGCUCUAUGGGUACCAUGAGUGGUUCUAUGGGCGGUUUGAGUGGGGAUCUCGCUGCUCUCAGUGCCCUAGGAUUAACAGGGAUUGGUGGAUCCUCUGGUGGACUAGCAGCUGCAUUUGGAGCACCAAACGGAAUGGCCAGUUUCGGUUCAAUGGCAGCCGCAGCUGGAGCUCCAUCGGCGGUGAAACCAGCACAUAGCACUGCCAGUCAAUUGGGAAUGUCUGCUCUGUUGGGCGCAACAGUCAACCGCGUUCAAGACAGUUUUGACUCCAAUGCCGCAAUGGCUCAACUGACCCCGCAACAGAUGGUUACAAAAAUGACACAAUAUCAGCAAAUGGGUCUAACGAGAGAUAUUCUUGCUGAUAUAAUGGAUGUCCCAGCUCACAUGAGAACUCGUACAGGAGAUCCCAUAAUCCUGCCUCCUAAAGUUGAACAAAAGGCUAUCCUGCUUCGAUCACUUGGGAGAUCGCCAGACCAAAUAGCUGAUGUAUUAGGAGACAUGGUAGCCGCUGCAACAUCACCCGCGGCUAUGAGAAUGAAAGCCAUGCACUCUGCUGCAAUGUUAGGUCAAAGAGCAUCACCCGCGGCUAUGAGAAUGAAAGCCAUGCAGUCCGCUGCAAUGUUAGGUCAAAGAGGCUGAUGGAGUGACAAUUACCGAAACACCAAAUGAACAAUAAAAACAAGAUGUCUACAAUGUACGUGACAACGUGGAAGUGACAUAUGAGCAAUGUAUUGGUGUACACACAGAAACUGUCUAAUUGAGUGCUAAGCUUAUCAACUAGAUCGAUGGUGGAUUGCUCGACCAAUACAUCUUUUUAACCACGACAUUGACGCCACUGACAAUUUAGACAUAAGUUAUAUAGAAUUAUAAACAGUCCAAAAUAAUUGCAUUGUUUUUCUUUCAAACAGUACGUGUUUAAUCGUUAACUGUUACGGCGACUAUGGUAAUCGAUUAAUGUCUUUGUUUAAAAUACCUUUGUGUUAGUUUGAUGUGUGUAGUUUACCUCAUAAACAUACCUUCAAUAGUAAUCACGUGAUCUAAUUUUAAGACAACGGUUUUGUAAUUGUACGUUUGAUAGAAAAUAUAUUACGUCUUACAUCAGUUUAGUUUGUGUGUAGUUAAUACGUAAAUUUAGCCUUUUUGUCAUUAUUUAGUGACAUUUUUAUCAAUUAUGAAACAAUAUUAUGUGACCGACGAAUAUUGAUAUGAUGACAAUGGUUGGUCUCUAUGCAUUUGACAAAGUAGUUACUUAUAUCAUUAUGCUGAAAGCAAUGGUAUACCGCAGAUUACAAUAUGGAGUGUAAAUAUGCGUAGGUGUAAAUGUUAACAAAACUACUACAUUUUUAAAUUCCGAAAAUGACAUGACACAGACUGUAUUACUACAUAUAUUUAGAAAACACCAAAAGGAACAGUAAACUACAGUUAUAAAAAAGGCAAUUUAACACCUACUUAACACGUUGAGUUAUUACAAGUUGUUACACAACUCAAACUUAACAAAACAUAGUAUUCACACAAUUAUGAUACACUACAACGCAUGGUUGUUAAACAUCUCCUAAACAGUUGGUAUUGCUAAUUAUAUACGUUUUUACAUUACUCCCAGUGAGUAAUAGUAUUGCUAGAAGUAGCUAUAA